CACAAUGGUACAGCCAGCAUCUUGCAGCACAAUGGUUGCAAGGUGUUUGUGAGCAUCAGCAACCCUCUGGUUUGCUCUCCCCGCUUGCUUAGCACCGUCUAUAUGUAUAUAUAUGUUUAUUAAAUACAUUCAAAAAGAAGAAGAAGAGGUUUCCACCUGCCCUUUUGGGGAUCCUUUGGCCAUGAUCGCCGCACAGCUUCAGGUCGGGAUGUUUUGAACUGGACUGUCACCGGAUUGGGUUCGUCAUCAGCUGGCACGGAAUGGUAUUUAUGAGCAGACAUUUCUUAUACAACUGCAGCCAACCAAUCCUGGAUGUGAAGAUAGCAUUUUGUCAGGUGUGUGUCCCUUACAGGUAAAAAAAAGGGUUUUGGAAAACAAGUGGAUGUGUCAUAUAUUGCCAAACAUUACAACAUGAGUAAAAGCAAAGUGGACAACCAGUUCUACAGCGUGGAAGUGGGAGACUCUACCUUCACAGUUCUAAAACGCUACCAGAAUUUAAAGCCCAUUGGUUCUGGAGCUCAAGGGAUUGUCUGUGCGGGCUAUGAUGCUGUCCUAGAUAGAAAUGUAGCCAUCAAGAAGCUGAGUAGACCCUUCCAGAACCAGACCCAUGCCAAGAGGGCGUACCGGGAGUUGGUGCUCAUGAAAUGUGUCAAUCACAAAAAUAUUAUCAGUUUAUUAAAUGUCUUCACACCACAGAAAUCAUUAGAGGACUUUCAAGAUGUGUACCUAGUAAUGGAGCUGAUGGAUGCCAACCUAUGCCAGGUGAUUCAGAUGGAACUCGACCACGAGAGAAUGUCCUACCUGCUCUACCAGAUGUUGUGUGGCAUCAAACAUCUGCAUUCAGCAGGCAUUAUUCACAGGGACCUGAAACCGAGCAAUAUAGUGGUGAAGUCAGACUGCACUCUGAAGAUCCUAGACUUCGGUCUAGCUAGGACUGCGGGCACUAGCUUCAUGAUGACCCCUUAUGUGGUGACAAGAUACUACAGAGCCCCCGAGGUUAUACUGGGCAUGGGAUACAAAGAGAACGUGGACAUAUGGUCGGUGGGGUGCAUUAUGGGAGAAAUGGUGCGCCACAAAAUCCUUUUCCCUGGGCGGGACUAUAUUGACCAAUGGAACAAGGUGAUCGAGCAGCUUGGCACGCCGGCGUCAGAGUUCAUGAAGAAGCUCCAACCCACCGUGAGAAACUACGUGGAGAACCGGCCAAAGUAUGCAGGUCUCACCUUUCCCAAACUCUUCCCGGACUGCCUUUUCCCCGCAGACUCCGAGCACAACAAACUGAAAGCAAGCCAAGCCAGAGACCUGCUGUCCAAAAUGCUGAUCAUUGACCCCGCCAAGCGGAUAUCGGUGGACGAGGCCUUACAGCACCCCUACAUCAAUGUGUGGUACGAUCCGACCGAGGUGGAGGCGGCCAGAGAUCUCAUCCAAAUAUCCAUGCCUCCACCUCAGAUCUAUGACAAGCAACUCGAUGAGAGAGAACACUCCAUUGAUGAAUGGAAAGAGCUGAUCUACAAAGAGGUGAUGAAUUUUGAGGAGAGAACAAAGAAUGGCGUUGUGAAGGGACAACCUUCACCUUCAGGUGCAGCCGUGAACAGCAGCGAGAGCCUCCCUCAGUCCUCGUCCAUCAACGACAUCUCGUCCAUGUCCACCGACCAGACCCUGGCCUCAGACACCGACAGCAGCCUGGAGACCUCGGCGGGACCCUUGGGGUGCUGCAGGUGACUAGCCGCCUGCCUGCGCAACCCCGCCUUCUUCCGGCAUUAGAGAAAGGAUAAAGGGGAGAGCGUCUCUUAAACAAAACAAAAGGAAAAAAGAAAAGAGGUGAAACAAUCAAUAUGAAACGACGAAGCCUGCGCAUUGUCAUGCUAGUAACAACAUUGGUAUUUAAAGUGAACAGAUAUAUCCUCUAGUUGCUUUGCUUAUACUCCUAUAUGGCGCCCCAAUGCUUUAGACUGGCUGCGAGACACACCAACACAACCCUUGACAAAAGUAGUGUUUAAAUCAAGGGCGCCCAAACCUUUUCCACAAUAAACCAGUGAACCCUCUUGUCGUCUAUCCGCGCUCUUUGUCUCUGACAUUUCCUGAAAGUUUUCUUUAAAAUCCGCUUAUCGAUUUUUGAUUCAUCCUGCCAACAAACUAACUAAUUGACAAACCCCGAUGAUGAGGUUAAAAAAAAUGGAUGCCAAAAAAAAAUGCCAGGGCCAUUUCGAUAGUUUACAUUUUGCAAACAGGCCAAAAGCAACCUAUAUGCUAAGAAAUGAUUCACAGCUGUUUCUGGUUUAUUUCUAAAAUAUGACACAGGCCCAUAAAAAACAAGCUGAGGGUCUUACCUUGAUUAAAACGCUCCAAUCUUUGUAGUAUUAGCAAUAUUUCAACUUUUACUCAUUACUCCUAACCUUUUUUUCAUACAUGUAAAUUUUUGCAGGCCCAUAAAAAACAAGCUGAGGGCCUCACUUUGAAAACCCAUGAUCAAAACGCUUCAAUCUCUUUAUUAUUACCAAUAUUUCUACUUCUACUCAUCUUUUCCAACCUUUUUUGUAUAUAAUUAUUUGUAGAAUUUUAAUUUUACAAGAUUUUGCAGGCCUAUACAAAACAAGCUGAGGUCUGCAAAUGGCCUAACGCUAACCCUGACCGCUGUAGUCUGUAUUCUCAUUACCAUUUCAAAGUUUUCUCAUUUUGUUGACCCUUGUUUUUUUCUUUUACCUUUUUCAUAGUGACGCAGGCCCAUAAAAAAAACAAGCUAAUGGGUCGUAAACACGCGGUUCAAACUCUGCAGUCUUUGCAUUAUCAUUAACAUUUAAACAUUCUCUCAUUACCUUGUCAUUUUUCUAUAUAACGCAGGCCCAUAAAAACAAGUUUUGUGCCUCACUUUGGACAACCCUGAUUUAAACGCUCCAGUUUGUUUUGCCAAAAUUGUAACUUUACUUCUUGCCCUGUUUUAGGGUUUUUUUGUUUGUUAAAAUUUUCAUUUUAGAAUGAGUCGCAGGCCCAUAAAUACAAGAUAAUGGGCACACUUUUUAAACACCUGUUUCAAACGCAGCAGUCCCUGUAUUAUCAUUAACAUGAUCAACAUUUAAACAUCUCUCGCUACGUGUCAUGAUCCGUGGUCCGGAUCGUGUUUUGGGUUUUCUGUUAAUUUUGGACUCCUUUAGUUCCUGUUUGUGCACCUCUGAGUUUGUUUUGGUUGCCAUGGUUGCUCAUUAUGUUCACCUGUCUCUGAUUAGUGUUCGCCCACUUACCUGCUACCCGACCACUAAUCAGAGGCAUUAUUUAAGCCUGCCUUUGCCGGUCAGUCGGGCUGGGGUCAUUCUGUCACGACGGGGUUUUUGCAGCUUACUGCGGGGUCGUUCUCCCAGGAAUGCAGACGGACUACUCCGGACAAGGCGUGCAGGUAAAAACAUGAUUUAUUCCUUAAGAAAUCCUACACAUUACAAAAGACAGGAACCAAACGAGAAGCUAAAGAACAAAAACUUAGCGCAGGAAACAUAGAAGCUUAGCAUGGACUAUGGACAAGGCAAAACUCACGUAACAGGUGCAUGUAGCAAACAAUGACGCCAGACUGAGCGUGGCGAGCAAGGUGAAUAAAUAGCUCUCUGAUUAGUGGUUGACAGCAGCUGAGCGUGGGACCACUAACCAGAGGCAGGUGAACCCAAUUAAUCCCCAUGGUGACCAAAAUAAACCCAGGAGUGCACACAACAGGAACUCAGGGAGUCCAAAAUUAACAGAACAUAACUAACCAAAACAUGAUCCGGGCCACAAAACAUGACACUACGUUGUAAUUGUCUUAUAAAACCUGCAGGCCCAUAAGAAAGGUUCCUUGCCGCACUUUGGACACCCCUGAUUUAAACGUUACAGUCUCUGUAUUAAUACAAAAAAAUAAUCAACUGUUUCUUUUUACUUCCUACAUUGUUUUUGGUAGGUUUCUUUUAUGUCAAAGUUUCCAUUGUAGAAUGCUCCGCAGGCCCAUUAAAAAAACGAACCUCGUGCCACAAAUGGCCUCUUGGCCCGCAUUGUGGACCCCCCUGAUUUUAAACUCUUUGUGGCAAGGUGCGCCGCUUUUAACUUUCUCCUUCCUUUAUCACACCGUGUGACUCCUUCCCUGUCACAUGACCUCUCUGCGGCAGUAGAGCCACAAACCAACCUGUGUGUGUGUUGUGUGUGUGUGUGUGUGUGUGUGCGUGUGCACGCGCGUGUGUGUGUGUGUGCGUGCGUGUGUUUAAGCGCAGCUAUUGUAAAUAUGUACAGCUGAAAGACACGCAAAGCGGGACUAACGGCCAGUAAUGUUCGCUGGAGGCUUCUUAUUUUUCUGUCUUAUUUUUGUAGUAUUCUAGACAAUUAUUGCACCUUGGUCACCUACGCUGCUCUCGCCAGUCGAUGCAUGAAGACUGACAUUUGGGAAGAGUCACUAUAUCCUAAACAUGUGUCAAUAUCAGCCAACACACAAUGACAGGUCUGAGCCGAGUCGGAGUUGAAAAAAAUGCCUGCUUCCUGCGAAUUAUUGCCUUUUUUGGGCAUGGUCUCAUUUUAUCUAAACUGUAAACGACACAGAGCUUGGUUUUAGGUUGAGGUGCGAGCAAACGGUGAACAGGAAGUUUUAACCGCCAUGCAAAAGUCUUUGUCCACCACUGGCUUUGUUUUUGUGUCGUUAAUACUCUCCUUUGUGCAUUUUUCUAUGGUAACUUCGAAAAACAAAAGAACGCUGCAGCUAUGAACCCAGCAGAGGGCGCUGUCGCAAACAUUUUCCAGCAGAACGAUGCUUUGACGCGCAUACUUGCCAAACCUCCCGAUUUUCCCGAAUUUCAGUGCCCCUCCUGAAAAUCUCCCGGGGCAACCAUUCUCCCGAAUUUCUCCCGAUUUCCACCCAGACAACAAUAUCGGGGGCGUGCCUUAAAGGCACUGCCUUUAGCGUCCUCUACUUUUCCUCCAUACAAACAGUCACAUAACAUAUGCGGAUUUUACACACACACACACAAGUAAAUGCAAUGCAUACUUGAUCAACAGCCAUACAGGUCACACUGAGGGUGGCCUUAUAAAGAAGUUUAACACUGUUACAAAUAUGCGCCACACUGUGAACCCACACCAAACAAGAAUGACAAACACAUUUCGGGAGAACAUCCGCACCGUAAUACAACAUAAACACAACAGAACAAAUACCCAGAACCCCUUGCAGCACUAACUCUUCCGGGACGCUACAAUAUACACCCCCGUAGCCCCCUACCCCGCCCAUCUCAAACCCCCCCCAAUCUCCCGAAUUCGGAGGUCUCAAGGUUGGCAAGUAUGUUGAUGAGACGUGUACCUUUCACAAGUACUACGCUGUGUAAGUCCCUGAAGGCAUCAUGUGCAGCCCGUUGUAGUACUUCACAUGUACCACAGCGUAAACUGUACAUGUACAUCCGCCAUCUCGGAAAGGAGAGCCAAUCAAACCGGCCUGUCGUUUCAAAACGUCCCUAAAACCGCAGCGCACCUGCGAGACUUUAAAAACGUGAGAGCGUUCCUGUCAAAUAGAGCGGAGGUCCCCAACCACCGGUCCAGGGACCGGUACCGGUCCGUGAAGCAUUUGCUACCGGGCCGCAGAGAAAGAUGUAAUGAUUUAUAAAGGAUUGCAUUUCCUCCGACUUAACGUUGACCUGUCCCACCAGACCAGGGGUGUCAAACUUGUGUUCAUCGAGGGCCACACCGCAGUCAUGGCUGCCAAUAGAGGGCCGCUUGUAACAAUAAAUAAUUAAUGAAUUUGCCUAUGAAUUUAAAUAUUUUAAAAACAAUUUACGUAAAGAGUAAAAAAAAUCGAUAGAUUUGACCACUGUUUUUUACAGAAAAAAACCUGGCAUUUUAGUUGUAAAAUAUAUGGUGUUAUUUUAUUAUUAUUAUUUUUACAACAUAUUACUGUGCAUAGAAAUACAGAACCGCUGUUUAAUUUUAUUUUGGCAACUCAGCCGCCAGUUUUUUUACCAAAAUAAAAUGUGGUACCAUAAAAUCAUCAACUGUGGAUUUAAAAAAACAAACAAACUGACAGCUCAGUCGACAUAAUUUCUACUGUAGAAAAACAAACAUUGGUCUUUUUUUUUUUUUCCAACUUAAAGUAAUGUGCUGUAAAAAAACCUCCUUAAAUUUUGCAGUAAAAUUUAUUGGUCAUUUUUAUAGUGUACAAUUUGAUGGAUAACUUGCUUCGAAACCAUAAGUUAAGCAAAUAUUUAAGUAUUUAUUUGGAUUUUGACCAUAAAAGUUAGAUGAUAUAAUAUUUGUUGCAAUAUCGGACACUAUUUUUUUUCCCUGUCAAACUACGAAAAAAACCCAAUACCUUUAGUAAGAAAAUAAGAAAGUAAAGAAAGAAAAUAUAAGGUAUUUUAUUGACACAUAUUAUUUCCAGGCUUUUGUGGGCCAUAUAAAAAUGAGGUGGAGGGCCAGAUCUGGCCCGCGGGCCUUGAGUUUGACACCUGUGCACUAGACACACCAAUGAUGUAGAAUAAAACUCCUCAUAGGAAGUUGCCAUUUGUUAUAACUUUGUGACAUGAUACAAUCAACAUUAAUGAACAUAUCAAAUAUAAAUGUGACAGAUUGUAGCCAAAGUCUGAUUUCCAUCAGCAUUUCAUUGCAAAGAAACAAGCCCAGGGCUCCCAAUAAUUCAGCGUAAUAGUGAGUUGUAUUUUUCACAAGUGGGAAGCCGCUCCCUGAAAAUAAUGCCUACAUUAAACCGGUCCGUGGUGCAAAAAAGGUUGGGGACCACUGAAAUAGAGGAUCUUUGACUCACAAUUUCCUCAGACAGUAAGCCCCAAUCAUAUACAGUAGGAAAGGGAUUCAUACGGCCCCAUUCAUCACGGUUGACCUGACACAUGAAACGUGACGAAUUGAGGGGGUGCACUGUUUAUUUCAGCCGCCAGACGGCAGUAGUGUUGAAUAUCUUAAAAUGUGUUUUGUGGCAAUUCCAACGUUGACCACAGCGCCAGUUGCUAUGUCGAGUGGCGCUUUCCAUCAUUUUCAGCGGACUGCAUUGCGAAAUGAUUAACCCCCUCUCCUCCUCUUACGCGAGGAUUUCAAUGUGAUGUUUUAGUUGACGCGACAAACAAGCUAAUGGUGGCUAAGACUUUAGCACAGAUUUACGUCACGGUGGGAUGGCAAGUGCCUUCUGCUAGGUCGUCGUGUUUGAACCCGCACACGUCGCGUGGCUCCUUUUGCCUUAAAAAGACAAAUCGGAAUAGUUGACAAUUGUUCACCUCGUCGCAUGGCUUGACAAUUUAAACGUGUGCAUUUGAAACGGGCGAUAGUCUUAACGCAGAAAGUCCAAAAUAUAUUCCCACGAGCCCCUUUUUCAAAGAAAAACAAACAAACAUUACACCAUGGUGUCAGUAUGGGAUUACCCACCUGCAGUACCCCGGAGGACCUACAGGGGGGUGAAUAAAGCUCGGUGUUGCGUUCAGGGUCCGGUCAGGGCAAUGUUUUGUCUCUCUCUUCAAACAGGGUGCAACUUUGACUUCUGUUGACCAAUGUUGUCUCUGAGACUCUUCUUGUGGCGCAAACACAUGUGUUGCACUCUGAAGGACUUUUUCAACAACUUUCCUAAUGUAUAUUUUGGUCAUUAGAGCAAAUAUGGAUUUUUUUUUUUUAAUGUUGAUUCAUCAUUUUGUUUUUGGGCGUGUGGAGAGGGUCAUGAAAUAAAAUGGACUCCUCAUUUGUAAAUGUUUUAUUUAAUUCCAAGAAUGUGCCACAAAAGGCCAAUAACUAUUUUAUCAAUUUGUUUACAUUGAAUUAUUUUGUUCAUAUUUGAUUAUUUUAAUUUAUUAAAAAUAACAAUAAAUUUACAAGUAACAUCUACGCCAGGGGUGUCAAACGUAAGGGCCGGGGGCCGGAUCAGGCCCGCGGACAUGAGUUGGCCAAGUAUAAAAAUUUGCUGAAAUUUUUCAAUGAAAGAAACUGCUGUUCUAAAUGUGGCCAAUAGAUGUCGCAAUAGCAAUUUUUUGUAUCUUUGUAGAUGAUGCUACAUAUGUACAAAAUAAACCACAUGAUGUUAGUGCAUCAGUCAAGGAAAAUGAUCAAACUACAUAAAUAACAUCCUGUAAUUUGAUUUAGAUUUAAUUUUUUAUCUUGAUAGAUUGAAAAUUAACACCAAUGAGUUGACUGAUGAUCAUUAUUACAUCAUUUAUUCAGAAAAUAUAAAUGACGACAAAUAAAGAUAGAAUACUAUUAACCGCAACAUGUAAGUGUAAAAAAACCCCAACAACAUUAUGAUUUGUACAAUUUCAAAAUGUGCUUGUUCUAUUUUUAAACAAAGAAAACAAUCUGAAGUUGUCUUUGUUUUUAAGUUAUCGUGCCGUGAUUUUACCGGUCCGGCCCACUUGGGAGUAGAUUUUUCUCCAUGUGGCCCCCGAUCUAAAAUGAGUUUGACACCCCUGAUCUAGGCACUUAAAUUCAAUGUAUGAAAAAUAUUUUUUUCUUUGAAAUAUUUCAUUUUGUUGUAUAUAAAGUGUUGUUUUAAAGCCGGGGUAGGAAACUUUCUGUUGUUCACCAGAACAUUUGAUCCAUAGACCUCAUAUGAGCAUAAAGCCCCCAAAACAUCAAAUAUUUUUAUAUUUUAUAUGAGUAUUUCAUCACAUUUUUAAUAUUUUUCAUCAAUCAAAUAACAUAAUUAUUCACAUUAUUAUGGGCGUUUACCAGAGUCACACAUUUAACUUCUACGUAUUUUUUUCUGUGCAGCCAUGUAAUUGGUCAAAUAUGUCAAAUAUUAGAUAAAUUAUUUAAAAAAAAAUACAAAAUGUAACAUGAAACCUGCAAUUGGUCUUAAAAUGUAAAACAACUAACUAAUGUUCCCGACCCCUGCUUUAAAACACAAACAGCUGUCGAGUGAAUGUAAAGAUGGAGCCAAUCAUUUCAACUUGAUUUGAAAUAAAGCAGCGAGUCAACACAACGUGUCCUGAAAUAAAAAGAUUUGAUGUUUUUACUUUCAAGAUGAUCAUUUUUCAAGUAUUUCUUUGAGGAAGUGGACUCACGUUACUGUAAAUACCAACCAGCCAUCGAUGCAAUAAAGACACGCUGAUGCGAGACACGACAAGGCCACCCUUGUCUUGCUCGUCUCUUCUCCCACUUUCACACAUUUCUUUCUUCUUUUACUUUCUGCUGUUUCCAUGAUUCUUCAACUUUCCCGCUGAUCUCAAAAAGCUUCAGGCAAAAAUAAAGUCAGAAACCACUGCAAAUGAUUAAAACAUGACAAAAGAAAAGUAAAACAGGAGAGCUGUUACUCCAAACACAUUUUAAAGGAACUGUGUAUGUAAAAAAAAAACUACAAAAAAAACAACAAUACAUGUAUGUGAUUGAAAAUAAACAAAAUCUUUGAUCUUG